AAGCAGGCGCCGUCGGCUCGGCGCGGCCCGCUGCAAUCCGUGGAGGAACGCGCCGCCGGGGCCCCAUCAUGCCCGGCCACCUGCAGGAAGGCUUCGGCUGCGUCGUCACCAACCGGUUCGACCAGCUCUUUGACGACGAAUCGGACCCGUUCGAGGUGCUGAAGGCGGCCGAGAACAAGAAGAAGGAAGGCGGCGGCGGCGGCGGCGGCGGGGGCGGCGCCACGCGGCCUGGGGAUGAGGAGACGCGCAGCUUGUGGGCAGCGCGGGAAGCCCCACAGACUCUGGCUGAUCCGCCCCCGCUGAGAGCGCGGAUCUUCCUGACCCUCAGACCCGAACUCUGCAUGCAGGCAGGAACGGGCCCGCCCCGGCUGCCCCCGCGCUGCAGAAAGCCGCGGACCCUCGGGGAUGGGGGUGGAGGGACCGUGGGACUAGGAAUAAGACGAGUUGGUAGGAGACCUGACCAACAACUCCAGGGUGAAGGAAAACCAAUUGACAGGAGACCAGAGAGGCGACCACCUCGUGAGCGGCGAUUUGAAAAAUCUAUUGAAGAAAAGGGUGAAGGAGGAGAAUUUUCAGUUGAUAAGCCUAUUAUUGACCGGCCGAUCCGAGGUCGAGGUGGUCCUGGGGGACGAGGACGUGGUGGCCGUGGCCGUGGCAUGGGCAGAGGAGAUGGUUUUGACUCCCGUGGAAAGAGAGAAUUUGAUAGGCAUAGUGGGAGCGAUAGAUCUGGCCUGAAGCAUGAGGACAAGCGCGGGGGAAGCGGCUCGCACAAUUGGGGGACUGUCAAGGAUGAACUGACAGGGGGCCCUCAAUACAUUCAGAAACAAAUGUCUUAUAAUUGCAGUGACUUGGAGCAAACCACUGUGACUGAGGAGACAACUGAGGGGGAAGAGCACCCAGUGGCUGAUACAGAAAAUAAAGAAAACGAAGUGGAAGAGGUAAAGGAGGAAGGCCCCAAGGAGAUGACCUUGGAUGAGUGGAAGGCUAUUCAGAACAAGGACCGGGCAAAAGUAGAGUUCAACAUCCGCAAACCCAACGAGGGCGCCGACGGGCAAUGGAAGAAGGGAUUUGUGCUUCACAAGUCCAAGAGUGAGGAGGCUCACACUGAGGAAUCUGUAAUGGAUCAUCACUUCCGCAAGCCCGCCAAUGAUAUCACAUCCCAGCUGGAGAUCAACUUUGGAGACCUUGGUCGCCCGGGACGUGGCGGCAGAGGCGGGCGAGGCGGGCGCGGACGUGGCGGACGGCCCAAUCGCGGAAGCAGAACUGAUAAGUCAAGUGCUUCUGCUCCUGACGUAGAUGACCCAGAGGCUUUCCCAGCUCUGGCCUAAACUGGACGUCCUAAGCCAACCCUGGUUCCUUUGUGGACCCUCCUCCACGAGGCUUGCAUGCAUAACGUUCCUAAACGACUGAGAAAUUUUAAAAAAAAGACUGUCAUUCAUACCAUUCACACCUAAAGACUGAAUUUUAUCUGUUUUGAAAAUGAACUUCUCUCGCUACACAGAAGCAACAAUAUGGUAGUCAGUUUUGUAUUUAGAAAUGUAAUGGUAGCAGGGAUGUUUUCAUAAUUUUCAGAGAUUAUGCAUUCUUCAUGGAUACUUUUUUGUAUUGCUGCUUGAAAAUAUGCGUUUCCAAACUUGAAAUAUAGGUGUGAACAGUGUGUACCAGUUAAA